UACCUCAACUUCAUGAUCUUCCACAAUUUUCUGCAUGUUAUAUCUUUUGCCAAGAUCAAAAAGCAAACGAACAAUGGGCUAAUAAAUAUCACAAGGUGAAUGGUGUUUUUGUUGAACGGGCGAAGCUUAUUGAUAAAAUAUCCAAAGAUCAAAUUGGUCGAAGUAAAAUAGAAGAUGGUGCUUCAAUAUCAGUAAUUACUUCUGGUUCUCAAUCUCUUCAAGCUCGUAAUGCUAUCUUUAUGUGGUUCCAACUAUUUAUUGAAGUUCUUCUUCGAAUGCAUCAUAAAUCUAAUGAUCGCAAGGAAAUUUUGGACAUUUGCAAGAAGAGUUAUAAAGGUAACAAGCAAGAGAUGAAAAUUAUUGAUGAAUUUGAAAAGAGUUAUAAAGCAGAAAAUGCAAUAUGGUGGUAUACAAGAGAAUCAUGUUUUUAUAGAAUGAUGAAUAAAGCAUUACGUGUACAAGAUUUUGAUAUGUUAUUUGCUCUUCGAUUCUUUAUUACUGAUAUUGCAAAACAGAUCAAAAGUGAAUAUGAAAAAUUUAUUCGUACUUGUGAUAAUCGAAAUAUUAUUCGUGUUUAUCGUGGUCAAGUAAUUGGAAAUGGUGAACUUGAAUUAAUGAAGAAUAGCAUUGGUGAAUUUCUUUCGAUGAAUUCUUUUUUAUCAACAAGUCGUGAUCGAUCAAUUGCUCUUCAUUUUGCUCAACUUACUCCUAAAACUAAUGAUGUUCAAAAAAUCAUAUUCGAAAUUGAAAUUGAUCCGCGUUUACAAACGAAAGCUUUUGCUGAUGUUACUGAAAUUAGUUAUUUUGAAAAUGAAGAUGAAGUAUUGAUUAUGCUUGGUGCAUUGUUUCGAAUUGAAAAAGUAAUUGAAGAUAAAAAGAAACGAAUAUGGGUAGCUCGUGUGUCAUUAGCAAGUGAAGAUGAUUAUCAUUUGAAAGAAACAUUUUCUUAUAUGAAAAGCACAAUUGGUGAUGAUACUGAUCUAGAUUCUCUUGGAAAAAUUCUAUU